UCUCUCUCAUAUAUUCAUUAAGAUCAGUGUACACCGGUCUCGACUCCGAUCGCUCGCGAUUGCUCCAUCCAUCUAUCCAUUCCUGUGUAUAUAUUCCUCUUCUCUCAUUCAAUGCUCUUCCCGGUGUUUGUCAUAGUGGAGCUUUCCUUUCCAUUUUUUCUGCCUCAGUGGAACCAGCACCACCAUAAAACUAUGGCGAUUGUCACAUACGAUGCCUCUGUAGGAAGUUUAAAUCGCGGGAAUUUGCUCGUGCUCUAGUCUCACGAUUUGAUCCAUCUCUUUUCCUCUCUUUUUUCUGAUAUCAUGGGAGCUCCUCGAGAGCUGCUACUGCCGCUACUCUUUCUCGUUACUCUUGUCCCUCCAGCCAUCGGCAUUCUAGAACGAGAGCAUUUAAAGCACGAGUACGAGCGUAACGAGAGUAACGAGAGGAAGGUUUACCUGGUGGUUGUGAGAGGGAGGCCGGUCGUUCAUUAUCAAGGAGGCAUUCCCGGAUUUCCUGCGACAUCGAGCAAGCAAAGAAUCAACAAUGCUCUCAGUGACGAGGACAAGAAUUACGCCUCGCUGCUCGUCGCGCGGCAUGACGAACUUCUCGCCAAGGCCUUUCCAGGCGAGAAGAGCUACCGGAAGCUCUACAGCUAUCACCACUUGAUCAAUGGAUUCGCGGUGGAGCUGACUGAAACACAGGCAGCGCGGCUGGAGAGAAUGGACGACGUUGUCCACGUCGAGCGAGACGAGCGAGUCCAGACGAUGACCACUCACACCCCGGAGUACAUGGGACUGCCCGGGAAGUGCUGGCCAAAGCUGGGAGGCGUCGCGAAUGCUGGGCAGGGAGUGGUGAUUGGAAUCGUCGACACCGGCAUUGACCCCUCCCACCAGAGCUUCAAAUCCUCUUCGUCUUCCACGAAAUCAUCUUCCAGUAGUCCAGUUAAGUUUACUGGGAAAUGCGAGGUUGCGAACGAAUUCCCGCAAGGCUCCUGCUCGGGGAAGAUUGUUGGAGCCCGGCACUUUGCGCAGGCCGCGAUUGCUUCCGGGGAGUUCAACGCCAGCGUUCACUACGCGUCGCCCCUGGAUGGAGAUGGACAUGGCACCCACACUGCUGCUACUGCUGCUGGGAAUAGCGGCGUCUCGGUUGUCGUCAAUGGCUUCAACUUUGGGAGCUCCAGCGGCAUGGCACCCGCGGCAAAAAUCGCGGUGUACAAGGCGCUCUACCGAUACAUUGGAGGCUUCUUCGCGGACGUGGUCGCCGCCAUCGAUCAAGCUGUUGCCGAUGGAGUGGACGUGCUGAGCCUUUCAGUCGGGCCCAACGGGCUCCCACGCCGGAACUUGACAUUCAUGAGCACCUUCGACCUGGCGCUGCUGUCGGCCGUCAAGGCGGGCGUGUUUGUAACCCAGGCUGUUGGAAACGGGGGACCGUAUCCCCGGACCAGCCUGUCCUUCAGCCCCUGGAUAUUCUCCGUAGCAGCGGCCACCCACGACAGGACCUACCCAAACGCCAUCACCCUCGGGAGCAACAUCACCAUCACGGGAACCGGCCUCGCAUCCGGGACAAAUGGCAGCUUCAGCCUUAUCACCGCAGCAGAUGCCACCAAUGGGAAUGUGUCCAGGAUCCUUGUCGAUGAGUGCCAGGACGCCGGGAACUACAACAGGUCGCUCGUCAGCGGCAGGAUUCUCGUGUGCAGCUACAGCCUGCGGUAUCUGUUCGGGGUGUCGACGCUGGCCGACGCGGUUGUGGCCGCGCAAGCGCUCAGAGCGUCCGGGCUUGUGUUUCUGGCCACGCCCGACCUCGACGGCCACAGCUUCCCGCCGUCCCCGAUCGGCUUCCCGGCGAUCAUCAUCCCCAGCUCCAAAGACUCCGCGGUGUUGCUCCACUACUACAACACGUCCACGAGAAGAGACGAGUCAGGCAGGCUCUCGAGCUCCGCGGCCAUGGCCACCAUAGCAGGAGGCCGCGAAGCUCUUUUCAGCUUCUCGGCACCAAAGGUGGCGACGUACUCGUCCCGGGGCCCGGACGUGAAUAGCAACAACCUGGACGUGGCUGAUGUGCUCAAGCCCAACAUCCUGGCUCCCGGGAACCUCAUCUGGGCGGCGUGGUCCUCGAUCGGGAGUGACGAGCGGGAGUUCGAAGGCCAGGAGUUUGCACUCAUCUCCGGGACGAGCAUGGCCACGCCCCACAUCGCCGGCAUCGCGGCGCUCGUCAAGCAGCGGUUCCCGUCGCUCAGCCCCGCCGGGAUCGCGUCGGCCAUGUCCACCACCGCUCUCACUCUCGACUCCAAUGGCCAGCCACUACUCGCACAGCACCCCUCGAGCAAUGUCGACUCCAUUCUCGGCCCGGCCACCCCAUUCGACUUUGGAGCCGGUUUUGUGAAUCCCGCAGCGGCGAUUGAUCCUGGCUUGAUCUUCGAUGCCGGAUUCCGAGACUACAUCCAGUUCUUGUGCUCCAUUCCGGCUCUCAGCAACUCGACAGUGUCAGCCGCGACUGGAUCGUCUUGCUUGUCAUCGCCAUCGUCACCCUCUUCGUCCUCCUCAAACACCACCGCUGCCGCCAGCAUUUCUUCCAGCUUUGCCUCGGAUCUUAACACUCCAUACGUGAGUAUCGCGAGCCUCAAUGGCGCCAGAUCUGUGGUGAGAAUCGCGACAAGCGUGAGCGAGAGGGACGAGGCUUACAAUGCUACAUUGGUCGUCCCCGCCGGGGUCUCAGUGACGGUACAACCAUCGAGUUUCUCCGUGCGCGGUGGACAAUUGGUCAAGUUGACGCUCACUCUCAAGGCUCUAGUCACCUCUUCGGCUCCCAGUUUUGGGGAGCUCCUCCUGGAUGGCGAUCGGGGACACAGGCUUCAUCUCCCCAUUUGCGUCAGCUCCAAGAUCGCCUCCUCCGGUACCUCCUGAAGCUUUUCAAUGUUUUCUCACAAAGCAAAGCAGAUCUAACCUCAGCCCAAGUGUUCAUAAGCUUAAAAACACGAGUACAAAUUCUCGCAAGUUUCGAGAGACA